UGCUCGGAACCUUCCUUUGCAACAAGUGGAGAAGCAAUAUGGGGAAACUGACAUGCACAACGCCAUAAAGAUCGAGAUGGAGACAGAGAGUACUCUCUUGUCUCAUCUCUGAGCCUUCCCGUUUAAACCCCUCUCCAACAGUGAACAGCAACUAAACUGUUUGUUUCCAAAGACAGUCAAAAAGAGAGAGCCAUCAAAAGCAAAGACACAUGAAAAACCAACGUCUUCCUUCCGACAAAGAAGAGGAGUACGAAGCCUCGCAAAUGGCCUCAUGUUGCUGGUGGAGAUCGGCUGCAAAGUUUGAAGAAUGCGCAAAGCUGAAGUCGGAGGUACCACCAGACCUGUCAAAGGUCACGCCAAGGCUCAAAGUUCUCCGAGAAAUGGAGAGGUUGGCCUUAGUUUCCCUGGAAGGACUCGACGAUCUCCGGCACAAGCUUUUCUCAUACCGAUGUGGGGAUUUUUGGGUUCCUACGGGUGGAUUUAAGAAGGAAGAGAUGGAUAUUCCUCCUGUUAACACCAUUCUCUUAGUGGGUUUUCACAAUGCUGGCAAGAGCUCACUUGUGAACCUCAUGUACAGCGUUCUGGGACGCUCCGGGCUUGUUCCCUUCGCCAAAACCACUUCAGGUCUUGGCCCCACAACUAUGUCAAUGGAGGAACAUAACGUGCUGAGGUCAAUGCGAAGUGGGUUCUGUGUGUAUGAUACAAUGGGCUUUGAUUAUGAUCGGGUGGACGAGUGUGUUGAAGAAUUGAUGGAAUGGGUGAGUGAUGGAGUUCAUCAUAAGCAAGUCUGUCUGAGUCUAGGAAAUAGUGAACUCAGGAAAGAAGAAUUGGGUGUUCCUUCGUUCAGAUCAUCUUCAAAGUUUGCAAAGAGGAAAGUGAAUUGUGUGAUGGUGGUGGCUAACAUUUCGGAGAUUUGGAAAGCUUUGAAAGCUAGUGAUAAGAAUCCGUUGGAGGACAUAAAAUCGCUCUUCCGCUCACCAGCACUAAGACACUGCAAUGAGAACCCCAUUUUGAUAUUGACGCACGGUGACAAGUUAUCAACAGAAGAUAGAAUUGAAUCCCGGCUAAGAAUUUGCGAACACCUGGGCAUAUCCGAGGCUACUGGAGUGUACGACAUUGUUUGUCUCACGGAGUAUGGAUUUCUCGCUGAUGAAUCUGAUCCGGUCACAGCUUAUGCCCUCACAGAAUCCGUAUACAGGGCAUUGCUCAUCUCAGACAGGAACCACCUUCCAAAGAAAAACUUCCAGGAUUGGGCUUUGCUCGUUUUGUCCUGGCUCAUGUGCCUCAUCGGUGCUUUGUUUGCUCUCCUUGCGAGUUUUUUCUCCAAGCUCGGGCGGAAGCAUAUACGGACUUUGUAAUACGACUUUUAACUUUUAAGUAGGCAGUAGUUGUGUAUGUACGUUAAUCCGUUAAUGUGCUGGUUGCUUGAGUGUAAUGAAUCUUUUGGCUGUGUUUAAAUGCAAAAUCUGUUGAGGAAUUUGAAAUGAGGGAGAAUUUAAGGAGUCUGAUUUGGUUU